UCCCAACUCAUCCAACCACCUCAGACAAAAAGCGAAGUAUACAUUUGCAACCAAACAGGGUUCUUCCCAUGUCUCCACACACUCAACCUUAGGCAUAAGAGAAAUCGCAGACAGAACCCAAAAUCCCAAAAAUCUUUGUAAUUAAAUUCAACAAAGUCUCCGUCCAACAACAAAAGCAAAUCGCGAAUUGGUGGCGCUAGCUUGUCACUUGAGGUUUUCUUCGAUUCUUCGAUCUCAGAUUAAAGUAGUUGGAGCAGGCUUUUUUUUUUUCCAUAAAAAGGAGGAAGUUUGCAAUGGUGGGAUGAAGAAGAGAGGGAAAGAGGAACAUGGCGAGAGGGAAGUGGGUCUUUUCUUACAAGAAAACCACUCUCUUAGUUUGCUUCUUCAAUAUUGUCGUUGCUCUUUACGUUCUUCGCUCUCUUUAUGCUUCUCUUUAUAUCUACUCCGGUAACGUUUCCCGCAACGUUGCUUUGUAUAACCCAGAUCAGAUUCGGAAAAUGGAAGAGUCAAUGCAAAUCCGCAGGGAAUUUAAACCCGUGGAGUUAAUUAAGUGGGUAAAGGCUCUAGAGGGGGAGCUUUCGAGUGAAACUGCGGCGGUUGAGUUGCCGCAGCAUUUGAAACAGAACAUAAUUGAUGAGAUCUUGCAGAGACUGAGGGGGUUGAAUUCUAGUGGCGCAGAUAUUGCCAAGGAACGAGAAGUAGUUGAGAAUUGGCGCAAGGGAAAAUUGGAAGAGGUAAAGUCGGCUCUUGUGAAGGGAACCUCCAAUUCAACCAUCCCCCAUGAAGAAGCUGGUAUACUAGCAAGAGCCUUGGAGUCUGAUUGGGCUCUGCUUUGUGAAGAAAUUGGCCUUUGGGUACCUGCUCAAGUUGCCAAUGAAGAACAUGAUGACAAACCUGAGGGUGCAGAGGAGUUUGAUGAGGAGGUUCUUCCUGGCAGGCCCCUUUCACCGGAGUGCCAUGCUGAACUUCAUACAGAUUAUGAUGGUUCUGCAGUAAGAUGGGGUCUUACACACCACAAGGAUAGUGCAGCUGAUUGCUGUCAAGCUUGCUUGGAUCAUGCGAAACAUGCCAAAGAAGGUGAAAAGAAAUGCAAUAUCUGGGUUUAUUGCCCAUCUGAGUUUGGGUGUCAUUCUCCAGAUAUUUACCAGCACAAACAUCAGGAAUGUUGGCUGAAAUAUGCUGAGAAACCUCGACUAAAUUUUAAGAAUAAGUAUCCGGAAUGGUAUCGAAAUUCGCACCCUUCUGCACCAGUGAUCGUUCCAUGGGCCUCUGGUAUUACUAGUUCAUGAGUCCAAUAACCAAACACCAAAUGUAACGUUAUCAACCAGAGCUACCGUCACACGAGCUCAAACAUGAUCGUGGAUUAUAUACCACUGUUCUUGAACAUGUUUUUUUGUGUAGGAAAUGAACUGGGGAACAAAGAAUUUUCCCAAUAGUCAUUUAGGACUUGGUUUUUGUCAAAAUGCAGUUUUUGACAGACUCACCUCAGUGCCAAGGAUUUUCCACCAAGGUCGGGUCUAAAACACUUAGGAAAGAUGACUUAUAAAUGAUGAGGAAGUUGUAUUUCUGUAAGGUAUCUGAUAACAUUCGUUGUAUCUGUGGGACUUAGAAUCCUACUCAUAUUAUCAUUCUUGUUCCUCCCGCGUU